CACGAGGACAAUAGUACAGUAAAUUGGGGUCACAACUGGUACAGAGCUAUAUAAUAAGCCUACAGCCACAACGGACUUUCAGCUUGGAUAGUGACAUGUCUUCGAGCUGCGUCAUCAUCGACUCUCAUAACUGUGCGAGUGUGACCCAGGUGAAAAUAAAGGUGCCUCUGAAAUAGUAACAAAAAUUAUUAGAUUCCAUAAACCUCGCGACUGAACGUCUGGGCUAAUUGGUGGAGAGCUGAAUUGGUGUGGAGGACCAGGGGACUCGGCUAGAACUGAACAAGCAUAGGCCUAAAGGAUCUAGAGUGACGUCACAAGAGUGCUUUAAUCUACAGAAACACAGCUGGUUGCAGCUACACUUUCGACAGCCGGACACACUGCCAACGGCAGCAUCUCCGUACAUAGCAACAGCAGCACACCAAGCAUGGUCGAGCAGGCAGAAGCAAUGACCCAACGAGCCGGCAAGAUGCUGGACUACGUCGUGCAGAACGCAGUGGAGGGAGACGCAGCAAGCAUCAUACGCGCCGCUGACGACUACGGCUACAAGUGCGAACAGAUGAUGCACGUUGGUGCCAUGAAAGGUGAAAUAGUCCGGACAGUCGUCAAAGAGCUAGCCCCAAAAGUUGCUUUGGAACUGGGCACCUACUUUGGCUACUCAGCCGUGCUGACUGCUAGUGUCAUGCCCGAGGACGGCCAGCUUCUGACGGUCGAGUUCAACGAGAAAAACGCUGACAUCGCCCGAAAGUUUAUACAAUUUGCCAGAAUGGACGAUAAAGUAACCCUUAUUCAAGGAGAUUCUCGCGAGGUCAUCAAACUAAUGCACGAAGUCUACCGCGUCAAGACAUUCGAUUUCGUGUUUUUGGACCACUGGAAAGACGUCUACAAGCGUGAUCUCAAACUUCUUGAGGAAAAUAGCCUCCUCCACAAGGGCACUGUGAUCCUGGCUGAUAACAUGAUCAGGCCAGGAUCUCCAGCAUACUUGAAAUACGUGGAGACCUCGGAUUGGUACCAGACCGAACGGAAGUACUCCAAGUUACAAUAUUCGAAGGAUGACGAUGCGCUGGCCAAGUCUGUGUAUUUAGGACCUUAAUCCAUUCGCCUAUAUCCACAGAUUACAGGACCCCAGACGGAUGGGAUGCUUUGUUCAGGUUGCUUGACGUAAUUUCCUCGAAGGUUUCUUCCCUAAUUAUGGUAAUAAUUAUUUCUUUUAAACUAUAACAUUUUUGUGUGGCAGACUUUCAGCAGGGUUGUAGUAUAUUAUUAUAGGCUAUGUAGCACUGUUUCUAUCCAUCGUGUCUCCUAAUGAAGUCAACUAUAAACGCAAAGUAGCGCGGUACAAUUAAGCGUACAAUAGGCCAUUUGGGGCGGCUGACAGUGAACAAUUUUAAAAGUGACUCCUAUUAAGAAUAUUUUGUGAAACUUUCUUUAUUCGUAUAGUUUAUUCUAGCUUAAACGAACGCUGAAAACAUCACAACCGUGCAAUAAAAGCUACCAAUCAUAAUGCACGCAUGAAAUACGUUCAAAUAUUGAGAAACAAAACAGGCAUUGUGCACGGCGUGUAAAUAUCAACUCUUUUCUCGUUUGUUUCUAUAUUUUUUAAAAAGUCUAGCAUCUAUUUGUUUCUUUAACCUACUAACUACACGUUUUCAUGCAUGUGACAAUAUAAGCUGAAAAUACACAUGGAGCAAAAUAAGGAAAUGGGGGGGCAGAAAAGGGAACAAAAGAAGAAUCGAAUCAGAAGUUACAGACUGACAGUAGUCACUCGGCACAAUAUAAGUUUAAUAUCAUUCGUCUUUCCGCGCAUAGGCCCCCACCAACAUCACAUAAUACAUGUAUCUUAAAGUUGGUAUUAAGCAUGGGUUGAUGACAAUUAGGUUUAAACCUGUUUAUCGGUCCAUCGUCCGGUGGCACGAGCAGUCUUUUUCAUAUUGGAUCGGGUUUCUUCAGGGCGUCUUCUUGAAUGUAUCAUAAAUUAACCUUGCGAUUCUUCUAGGACCUAUAUACUGAUUUCAAUGUUUAUAAGGGGGCAUACUUGGGUAUUUUGUGCGAUGACCAAUGAUAUUUAUGAUUUGCUAAAAGGCAGUACUAUUAUAGGCCUGUAGGCUACAACAUAUAUUCAAAUUUUGCUGUGUUAAGGUUGAUUAACAAUAUUAUCUCCAUUACGUCCAAUUAUACAUAAAGGUACAAAAACUUGAAAAAAUA